UUUAUUGUGUUUAAGUAUUAUAUUCACCCUUUAACUUCAUUGAAUUGCAUACAAUAUGGCUAAAUGCGCCGUAUGGCUAUUUACUUUGAAGCCUCAACCGGACGUGGCGUUUUUUUUUCCUGGAGCAAUCUUGACAAUUAGCUGUCAUGUUGUUAGCCUGGUUUUUGGGACACUCCUAGCUCGGGUCCCACUCCUCAUCGGCAGGUCCCACCACGAAACCAUGGCCGAACAGGCCGCCGGACCCCCACCGUCGUCCCAGCAUGGCGAUGAGCUCCAGCAGCGGGUGGACACUCUGGAGCGGGAGAGGGCCGAGUUCGGCAAAAUCAAGCAGCAGCUGGAGGCUGAGUUCAACCAGAAGAGAGCAAAGUUCAAAGAGCUCUAUUUGGCCAAAGAGGAGGAUCUGAAGAGGCAGUCGUCGGCGCUUGAGUCGGCGCAGGCCGAGGUGAUCUCCGUCCAGGUCCAGCUGGCCCAGGCCUGCUCCGAGAUCGAGACCAUCAAAGCGGUGGCCACCGUGUCGGAGAACACCAAGCAGGAGGCCAUCGACCAGGUCCGUGGCCAGUGGCAGGAGGAGGUGGCCUCGCUGCAGGCCAUCAUGAAAGAAACGGUUCGCGAGUACGAGGUCCAGUUCCACCAGCGUCUGGAGCAGGAGCGAGCCCAGUGGGGCCAGUACCGCGAGGCCAUGGAGAGGGAGGUGGGAGACCUCCGGCGGCGGCUCACCGAGGGCCAGGAGGAGCAAAACCUGGAGGACGAUAUGAAAAAGGCUCAGGAGGACGCGGAGAAGCUCCGCUCGGUGGUGAUGCCCAUGGAGCAGGAGAUCGGGACGCUCAAAGCCAAGCUGUCCACGGCCGAGGACAGGGUCAAGGAACUUGAGGCGUCUAAGGUAAAGGAGCUCAAUCACGUUCUGGAGGCAGAGAAGUCGUGUCGCACCGACUUGGAAAUGUACGUGGCUGUGCUCAACACACAGAAAUCCGUCCUGCAGGAGGAUGCUGAGAAGCUACGCAGGGAACUUCACGAAGUGUGUCACAAACUGGAGCUGGAGCGGCAGCAGCACAACCAGCUGAAGCACACGUGGCAGCGAGCCAACGACCAGUUCCUGGAGUCUCAGCGCCUCCUCAUGAGGGACAUGCAGCGGAUCGAGAGCGUGCUCUCCUCCGAGCAGCUGCGGCAGGUGGAGGAGAUGAAGAAGAAAGACCAGGAGGAGGACGAGAAGGAGCAGUUGAGCCAAGUGAAGGAUCUGCACGAGGAAGAUGGCGCAGACAACACGGAGCCUUUGGAGGAUAUUUUCCUGGGGCUGAGCAUCGAGGAGCCGCCGACCAACCACAGCGCCCACGGCUCCAUGCACUCCCUGGACGCCGACGUGGUGACGGGCGGCCAGUCUGAUCUCUACAAGGAGAACCUGCGGAGAGUCCAGUCCACGGACAGCCUGGGCUCCUCCCUGUCCGUCCAGCAGGGUCUGAACCAUAAGGCCAAGUCAGCCGGCCACUUGGACGAGUCGGAAUUUGGGCCCCUGGUGGGGGCCGACUGCGGCGUGGCGGACUCCAGCUUGGGCGAGGCGUGGUCCGUCAGCUCGAUCAAGCUGACGGCCAGUCACUUCCUGCUCACCAAAGACCAGGAGAAGGCCAUUAAAGCCAUGACGCCUGAGCAGGAGGAGACGGCGUCGCUGCUGUCCAGCAUCUCGCAAGCCCCCGACACCGCCUACUUACCCCCGGUGGGCUACCGACUGGUCAGCGACAGCGAAUGGAACCUGCUGCAACAGGAGGUGAAGAACGCGGGCAGGAAGCUGGGUCGCCGCUGCGACAUGUGCUCCAACUACGAGAAGCAGCUGCAGGCCAUCCAGGGACAGGAGGCCGACACACGAGAUCAGCUGAAGAAACUGCAGGCGAUGUUUCGUCAGGCCAACGAUCACCUGGAGAGGACCGUGACGGAGAAACAAAGUCUGGAAGAUUCCGUCAAGCUGGGGAACGAGGAAACUGCUGCUAAGGUGUCCGCUCUCAUCCAGCGAGUGCAGGAGUCGGAAAUGCUGCUCGGCACGCUCCAGGAGGCCUUCAGUGAAGCUAAGAGGAACACGCAGGCACAGAUGGGUGUGCUGGUGCAGUCACGGGAGCAAGUGGCCGACAAGCUGAGCCGACUACAGCGGGACAACGAGAGCCUGCAGGGAAAACACCGUCUGCACACAGAACUGCUGCAGCAAGAGGGCUUCACCAUGCCCGACACUGUGGAAGAGCUCCAGGCGACGGUGCUGCAGCUGCGCGAGGACACGGUGGCGCUGCGGACGUCUGCGGAGCACGUGGAGGAGAAGCUGAAGGCGGAAAUCCUUUUCCUCAAGGAGCAGAUCCAAGCGGAGCAGUGCCUCAAGGAGAACCUGGAGGACACCCUGCAGAUGGAGAUCGAGGGCUGCAAGGAGGAGAUCGCUUCCUUCUCCAGUUUGAAGACAGAACUGGAACGGAUAAAGGCGGAGAAGGAGCAGUUGCAGAGCAUUUUAUCACAAAAGAUGGAGACACUGGAAAGCAUCCAGUCUUUGAGGAUCAGUCUGGAGCAGCAGCUAAAAGAGCUCAACACAACUAAGCGUGCGCUAGAGAGUCAGGUGUUGGAAGAGAAAGACAAAGCCCAGCGCUUGCAAACGGAGCUGGACGUCAGUGAGCAGGUCCAGAAGGACUUUGUCAAGCUUUCGCAGACACUUCAGGUGCAGCUGGAGAGGAUACGGCAGGCGGACUCUUUGGAGCGAAUCAGACUUAUUCUCAACGACACCAACUUGACUGACAUCAACCAGCUUCCAGAUACAUGAUAGGGUGCCUGUGGGGAAAAGUGCCUCCUUCCUUCUUUCUUCAUCCCUAUAACAUUAUUGAUCCUCCUCCUCCUCCUCGUAACCAUCACAGAAGAAGGGAAGGCAGGUAGGAAGGAGCGGCGGCCUUUUUGUGUCCAUUCAAUUGUGGAAUCGUGAUGAAGAACACUACUAAAAACAUGACAAAUGUGCAUAUGGAUGGAUGAGGGUGGGGAAGUCCCAUCUUGCCUGUGGAUGUCUUGUUCCUACUGUAGAUAUGACUGUGUCUAAUUAGCUUUAAACACCAACAAAAAGGUUUGUCGUGGUCUCCAAGCACUUUUUCCUUACCAGGUAACAACUUGGAAGCUUCCCCCUCCCCCCCAAGAUUGGUCUGUAAUUGUCCAUCUCACAUGUUGGUUGUCCCGCCUAUUCUGUGUCAUUUUUUUACAACAGGGGUUGUCAAACUGAAGUCUAGAUCUCAGGGGUACACAUAAUAAUUUGCAAUAAAUUGUCGUAUCUCGUAUAAUUUAUCAUUUUAUAAAAUUAACAGAAUAAACCAAUUACUCCUCUGUACCAUAGCUUUGGGCCAAUUCAAAGUUCUGAUCUGAUUGUGACAUCAUCACAUCAAUCUGAUCUCUCUGCAAGAAUAAAGAACCAGACUUUUUUUCAAGAAUAAAAUACAGUCAGAUUGUUUUUUCGAGAUGGUGACUUUUCCAGAAUAAAAUGCAUAAUAUUACGAGACUUCAAACUUCACUUCGUUGACCAUUGACUUGACUUUCUUAAUAUUACGACUUUAUCUUGGAAAAAUAUGACUAUUUCCGUAAGGUUACAAUUUUUCAUCCUGACAAAAUACAUCUUUCUUGUGAAGAUUAGACUUUUUCUUUUCUUGAAUUACUUUAUUCUCUUUACAAUACAACUUAUUUAGGGGUACACAUGGUAGUUAUGUUUAAUUGGCAUUAGGAUUACGAGAGGCUUGGGAAAAAUGUGUCCCCUGUAAUCCAAAAGGUUUGAGAACCCCUGUUUUUGCACCCUACAACAAAGACAUGAGAUUAAGGAAUUCAUGGAAUUGUUGCGCAAGAAUCCAAUCCAAAAGGCAAAGAUGCUUUGCCUCAAGUUUUUUUUUUUUUUAAUAUGCAGAGGUUCAGUGAAGAAAUGCAUACGACGUGGGUUUUAUUCUUACAAAUUUCAUUUAUUUUUUUCCCCAUGUCCACAGGUAAGUAGUACGUGUGUGUGUGUGUGUGUGUGUGUGUGUGUGUGUGUGUGUGUGUGUGUGUGUGUGUGUGUGUGUGUGUGUGUUUUGAUGCAGUGGAACCUCCAAAGUGAAACACCAUCCAAAAUGGGUUUUCAUUUCAAAGCCCAUAAGAAACUUAAUUAAUUUGUUCCUUGACAAACGUAUUCACUGCCGUGGACGUAUAAAUCCGUCAAUUUCAAUCCAACCAUUGAGUGCCACCGACAAAUAUAUACGUCAAGUACGAUAUACAACGGGUAGGCGUGGAUGAGUGUCUCGCACCACUUGCCUGUGAAAUUGAGGUUUGUAAAUCACUGACUAAGAGAUCCCUGUAGCUGGCGGCGUUGCAUUGCAUUGGAUUUGAUCAGCACAGCUAUUGAGUCGAAGAUAAAGAUUUGGCGGGGAAUCUCGUCUUGUCACGUCAAUUAUGAGGGAGAGAAAUGCUAACACAUCAGACAUGUUAGGGGUGGCAGUAGGUAGUAGAAAAUACGUGUCGCGAUCAUGGGGGAAAAUGAGGCAGUUCAUUAAGUUAAUGAUGAAAAAAAGUAAAACAAGCCACUGACGUUCGACUUGAGCCAUGCGGUAAAUCAGUAUUGCUCACGCCGUGUUUCCUAGUUGUUUCUGUAAAUAAAUUAUUUUAUCAUCAAAAGCCCUCUCGAUCUUGUUUUUUGGUUGGUUUAUAGUUUGAAACAUUAGCGUCAAAGUCACAGUUCUGCCUGAUGUUUCCUAAAAAAAAAAUAAUAAUAAUUGUCAGAUUUUUGGUCAUAAACAGAUGUUUUGGUUAAAUCAACCCAAGUUCUACUGCUGAUAAAUAAAUGGAAAAUGCUUGAAACUUUUUUUCUGAUGAUAGGAGAGUCUUUCUUUUAGUAGGUUCACUGCUAUAUUAUGUGGGCUUUGAAAAAUCAGUCAAAAUGCUAUAAAACGGCCUGCAAUAUGGGGAAAUCUUGGAAAAUGCCUGACAGUUAAUGAGUACAGUGUACUAAAAUGAAGUAAAAAUUACUCACCAUUUGAAGAUGCGUGAGAUGUAAUGGUAAAGAGUUAAGUUAGUCAUCAAGGUUUUUUGUAUGUCAAGAAAAAAUCCAAAGUAAAAGCGAAAUAUGGAGUAAAACCGAUUGAGAGGCGCGUUUUGAGUAGAACUCCAGAAUUGUUUGGGUUUUUGGAGCGUUCCGCUUUGGAUGUUUUCACAAAAAAAAAAAACA